AUGGCGUAUAUAUACUCCAACCUCUCGGACUUCUGGACCAGCGAUGAUGAAGAUGACGAGGAGGUGGAUGGGACGGAGGAGGAUUCGCCAAGUACGGCGAAUGCGGUGAACGUAGCAAACGAUGCAGGAGGGGUAGAAAACUACACCAGAAUGGCGGAAGAAGCGGUGAACAGAUCGAGGGAUUCUCCAUUCGGCCCGAACCACGAAUUGUCCAGUUAUGCCCUUGAAAACUACGACGAAACCCCCUUCGAAAAGCGAGGAGAUGUGGGGCCCAAUGAACCAUAUUACACAGGCAACCUCCCCUUCGCAAAUGUCAUGGACAGUGGACUCAACUUCAACUUAAACGAAGUGAUGAACGGACUCACCAACCACGUCGUCGACAAUUUUUCCAUCAAAAGCAUGAUAGAGAAGUACGACAUUAGCAACUUCAUGUACAACGAUUCUUUGUUAAAAUAUUGCGAGACGGCAGUAACCAUAAAUGACGAUUCGGCAUGCACGGAGAAACUUUCCUUAAAUGAGAACUUCCACUUCAGCUGCUUUGGCUCCGUGGAAUAUGUCAGUCAGCCCAAGGGUAACGUCAGGGGGGGCGCCGAGGGGGCUCCCACGAAGGAAGUCCUCACUAAGAGCGCAGUGGAGAACAUAAUUGACGCGCGCGUUGAACCCGAAUUGGAGGGAGACAUAACAGGAGAGGUGAAGUUACGCGAUAUUGAGGACGCCACGAUGGAACACACGAUGGAAGCCACUCCCCCAGGCGCCGCGCCAACGCAGCCGAAGGAACCUCCCGCUGAGGAACCCCCCGAUGAGGAACCUCCCGCCGGCGACGAUAAAGGCAACGUGAAGUACAUAAGGAAGAAGUGGGUGAUAGAAGACAACCACUCGGACGUGACAAAGUUCAGCCAAAAUGAUCUGCUCCUAAGCUACGACUUCGAACUAGACGAUUUUCAAAAAAGGUCCAUAAAGCACCUGAACAAUUUCAAACAUGUCUUUGUAGCAGCGCACACAUCAGCAGGAAAGACGUUAAUAGCAGAGCACGCCAUCGCCAUGUCCAUCAAAUUAAACAAAAAAGCAAUAUACACCAGCCCCAUAAAAGCAUUAAGUAACCAAAAAUAUCAUGAGUUCAAAAAUCUCUUCAAAAGUGUUGGAAUAAUAACAGGAGAUAUCAAAAUGAAUGUCCAUGCUAACUGCAUAAUCAUGACAACAGAGAUUUUGAGAAACUUACUCUAUAUAAAUGAUAACAUAAUUAACAAUAUACACUGCGUGAUAUUCGAUGAGGUGCACUAUGUGAAUGAUAACGAAAGGGGAUUUAUAUGGGAGGAGUCCAUCAUCAUGUUGCCUCCUCAUGUUCAGAUUUUACUACUGAGUGCUACAGUGCCGAACUAUCUGGAGUUCGCCGAUUGGGUAGGAUUCACAAAGAAGAAGGAAAUUAUUUCCAUCGCGACGACGAAGAGACCUGUACCGCUGCUGCACUAUAUUUAUGCCUACGACUCGAUCUUUCCAAUCAUGGACGAGAACAACAAAAUUUACUCCUCCGCUUUUAAGGAGAUAUACAUGAAGGUUAGGGAGAAGGAGAAGGCGGGCGCCGCGGUACAUCGUGUGCAUGGCGGUGCGCAUUCUGGGGGGCAUACCAGUGGCCAUCACAAUGGCUAUCAUGGUGGCCAUCCUGGGGGGCAGGCCAAACAAGCGCCAGGCGCGAAGAGGAACUCCCACGUCGGGAAGAAUAAGCAGCAAGGAGGAGACCAAGGUGCUCCUCCAAACAAUGAUCAGCCAAUGGCCUACAGCGAGUACUGUAAACAGAAAAGGAGACAAAAGCUCUUCGCAAACGAAGUGAAUUUGAAAACGGAAAUACAAAAGCUUCAGGCACUUAUAAAAAAAUUAGAACAAGACAACAAACUCCCAGUGGUCCUAUUCUGCUUCUCCAGAAUAAAGUGCGAAACGUAUGCUAAGAGUAUGCCCCAUUUAAAUUUCCUAGACAAUAAGCACAAGUCCAAGGUGCAUUUGUUCAUUAAAGAAUCGAUAGCAAAGUUAUGCGCACAAGAUAGAGAACUAAAUCAGAUCCAAAUUUUAACCAAGUUGCUGGAAAAAGGCAUUGGAAUACAUCAUAGUGGGUUACUUCCUAUAUUGAAAGAAAUUGUAGAGAUCCUUUUUUCCAAAGGGUUAAUUAAAAUUCUCUUUGCGACUGAAACCUUUGCCAUGGGAAUUAACAUGCCUGCCAAAUCUGUUGUCUUUACUUCUAUUUAUAAGCAUGAUCAAUUGCAGAAGCGAAUUCUCACUUCGUCAGAAUACACACAGAUGUCUGGUCGAGCGGGAAGGAGAUCCUCCGAUAAGUACGGAUAUGUUUACAUCUACUGUGCAGAUAAGAUCCCAGAUCAGGUUCAGCUAACCGAAAUGCUCAUGCAGAAAGCAGUUAGCCUGAAGAGCAAAUUUAAGGUCACCUACAAUAUGAUCCUAAAAUUGCUCAUCAAUAAACAAAUCAAUAUAGAGAAAAUGCUCUUCAGUUCCUUUCUGGAAAGUUGCAGAGCUGUUCAAAUUCCUCUCUUUAAGAAAGACUUGAAAAGAAAAAAAAAGCUGUUGCAAAAUAUAAAACAAGUGCAGUGCAUCUAUGCGGAUGAUGUGAAGUUCGUGUCUCCAAUUGAGAACUACGUACAGAUUGACUCCAAGCUGAAACACAUAGGAUUGAGCUUACACAGAAAACUGUUCACCAUGAAGAACAGCAACUCCUUCGCCAUCGGGAGAGUCAUGCUGCUAAACAAUAUUGGCACUCUGCACAGCUCCAUCUACGGUGUUUACCUCGGGUGUGACAAGAGUAGCAGCAAAAGAAGCGAAAAAGUGGACUUUGCUCCGAAUAGCAUUUUUUUUCAGAACCACUCCAGAACAGGGGAAGAGUCCAGUGAGAGGUUCUUUUUCCUCUUCAUCUUGCCUGACUUUAUGACCUACGAGCAGUUCCUGCAGAAAAUGGGGGGGGAGGAAGACGCUCCAGGGGGGGUUAAGCUGCCCGAACAAGUGAACCGCUCAUCAGUGACGCACCUCAACAGAUUGACCCACGAAAAAGUGAACAUAUUCGUAAAUUACAGAAACCUCUUUUCCAAGCAGAGGAUCCCUACCGCAAUUCAAAUCAUGCACCACAACUCCUUCGACACAGAUAUGCAGAAGAAGCACUUCGUGGUCUGCUCCAACGUUUCCCUAGAGCACAUCUCCAUAAUAACCAACACAGUGAUCGUGUUGCCGAAUGUAAAAACGACAGCCAUUUUGAAUAACCCCAAGAAUAUGCUGCUGUACAGUCUGGAACUGGAUAGGCUAAUAGAGAAAGGAAAUUUCGAGCCGUUCGUUUUGACAAAAAUGCUAAAGUCAUUGAAGUGUGAGUUCUACUCAGUACUGAUAAAUCAAGCCGAUUAUUUGGAGGCCUUAAAAAAGUCCAAAUGCUACUCUUGUAACAUGAAGGAGAAGCACUACGAACUUGUGUGCAAAAGAAACAACUGCCUUAACGACAUUGAAAAUAUUGAACGAAAUAUAAAUGCCAAGUCUCUUAAUUUAUAUGAAGACUUGGAAGGAAGAUUGGACGUGCUGAGACAUUUCUCCUUCAUUGACGAUGAGCACAAUUUAACGGUUAAAGGCAAAAUAGCUAGCUACAUUACCAUGACUGAUGAAAUUACCCUCACGCAGGUUAUCUUCGAAAACGUUUUGAAUAACUUGAACCCACCCGAAAUUGCAGCUGUCCUGUCUUGCUUUGUUGCCCCAGAGAAAAAAAUAGAAGAAUCACCAGACCUUACUGUUAACCUGCAGGAAGUUAAAAUGGCCUUGACAAAUAUUCACAGCCAAUUUGAGGAAUUUUACAAAAUUAUUCGCUUGAAAAUCAGCUCGGAAGAUCACUGGAAAUUGUGCAGCUUUAAGAUUAUGUUCAUUGCGUACAAGUGGGCUCUGGGUGUCUCUUUUGCUGAAUUGCUGGAGCAGUCCGAGCUGGAGGAGGGACUUAUCGUGAGAUCCAUUUUGCGGCUCGACGACCUUUGCAGGAAGGUCAAAAUCGCCUUUCUCUACCUUGGGAACGUCGACUUGGCGGAGCGCCUCGAGACGACCUGCACCCUCCUCCGCCGGGAUAUCAUUUUUAUGACAUCGCUUUAUUUGCAAUAA